AUGGCACACCGUUAUCCAGCCCCGAAUACUAGCGAUACAGGACGUCCAUACCCCGACUACCGUGAAGAAGACGCACAAAUCAUGAUGAUGCUAGACGAGCAUCUCGCUUUCACCCAGUCCUACACCGCAGCCCUAACCCCCAACCCGGAAUCCGGCUACGAAUUCACCUCUCCCUACACCAACAACACGGGAUCCUGGACGCCGCCCCAGCCGCAGAUGCAGACGCAACGGCCCACCUCCUCCGGCACCAUGUUUGUAGACUGGGACGAGUACGACGGUCCCAUCAUCUCCUACCGCAAUGGAAAUGUGGAAUCACAGCUGCAGUCGCAGUUGCGCGCGCGCGCGUCCGAGGCGACUCUGUUUGUGGAUUGCGAUGGGCAGGGUGGGAUGAAGGUUUCGUAUCGGGAGCAGGAGCAGGAGCAGGAUCAUGAUGCAUACAUGCUAGAGGAGCGGGUCGAGUACAUGGGCCUCGGACGGUGUGAGGAAACGUAUGGGCGUGGACUAGCGCAGACGCGGACUUUGCGGGAUAAUUCACCUCCCCGGCUUGUAACGCAGGGUGGACGGUACCAAACGGCGCAGAAGUCUUCGCGGAAUUUGUAUGCUGGGACGCCGGUCGGUGGGCAUCGGGCGUAUGGUCCACCUCGCGAUUCGGAGAAUUAUCAGGAGUGUUCUGCGCAUGCGCAUGUUUAUCGGGAUUGUGCACGCUUUCCUAUACAGCAUCAAUACGAGCAGCAUCAGCAUCAGCACCAGCACCAGCACCAGCAUCGUCACUCCUACCCCACCCCCAUCCCAACCUUCCCUCACUCCCCCCUACCUCCCCAACCCUCACCACACCACUACCGCCCCCUCUCCUACCCCUCCCCUCCCCGCCAUCUCCUACAUUCCAAACCCCUCCCCACACUCCCCGUGAAAAAAGCAUCCAAGAACCGGAAGCGACUUUCCGGUCUGCUGGACAAGAUGGCCGGUGGGCUUUGUGGGCUGGCGGGCUGGAAUCGCAAGGAUGGGGGUGAGGGUGAGGUUUGGGUGCGUGCGGGGUAUUAUACGUGA